CAUUCAUCUGUGCUCCUGGGAAGCUGGAACAACGCUGGCCAUUACGCAGAGACGCGACACACUGCUAUUACCAAAGUGACCUGCGUGUUUUUCCACUCGGUUUGAAAGGACUGUCAUGUCCAAGACAACAGUUCACUCGUCAUCUGAGGGCGCAAAAACAACAACAUUAAAGGGAUGAACCGCGUGCCGUUUGAACAGGUGCAUCCCAGAUCACCAUCAGAAAAGUUCUUUUACUGACUCGCUGUGGAAAUGGAUUACCGGCUGCUGGAUUUCAUGCAACUUUUCAUGCAAACUCUGUUUCCAAACGGACAGUGAAGGAGAUCUCUCCAAACUCAACUGACCAUGCACUGGGACAUGCAUCUUCUAACUAUGGAUAACUAACCUGGUUUUACACACACUACUAAAGAUGAAACCCCUUGGGAAUCCUCAGUUUGUGAUGGUGAUAUUGAAGUGCGCAAUGGUCUUGUUUCUUAGAUUUCUGCAGGGCUUCACAGAGUCCAGAUGUGUUGGUCGUGCUUGCAGCCCUCCUAUGGGUAACUUGGCCAGUGGCAGGACCCUUUUCACGCUGACUAGCUGCUGCACUAAUAGCUCUUCCUGCCUGCCAACCCAGCCACGCUGUCUAGCAGAGCCUCAUCCUCCUGCCCUCAUGGCCGAUGACCCGUUUAUUCAUCCAGAUACCUGGUGGGGCUCAGCGGCGGCCACUGGAGAAAAGGAAGAAAUCCGUCUUGACUUGGAGACACGGUUCUGCAUGAGUCACGUUGUGAUGUUGUUCCGUUCUCCACGUCCUGCUGCUAUGAGGUUGGAAAGCUCACAGGACUUCGGCCAGACCUGGGAGACACUAAAGCUGUUUGCCAGGAACUGCACUGAGAUGUUCGGGCUUCCUGAUGAUGUAAGUCAACCAGGAGCUGUCUGCACUUCCAGAUAUUCCAACGCGGUCCCGUGCAGCCGAGGAGAGAUCAUAUUCCGAUCCAUAGGAUUGGGAAGUGGGAUUGUCGAUCCAUACAGUCCCGAGGCGCUAUCCCGUCUGACAGUAACUAACAUACGAAUACAGCUUUUAAAAUCUCAACAGUGUCCCGUCUCGAAGGGGCAGCGGAGCGUCCCGCCCUUUUUACCCACAAUUCACAGCAGGAUGCUGACUUCUCCCACACCCAGUUCUGAUCCCCUGGAUUCAACCCCAUUUGCUGUGUACUCUCUUUUGGCUAAAGGGACGUGUUUGUGUCAUGGCCAUGCUGAACAUUGCCUUCUUGAAAAUGAAGGGCAAGACGGCUUGCAACCCAGUAAUGUGGUGCCUGGCAAGUGUGUGUGUACCCACCACACAGCGGGCGAUCACUGCGAGAGGUGUACCCCGCUCUACAACGACUUACCCUGGAGAGCAGCCAAUGGAAGCAGCGGGGAGAGCAACCCAUGCCAGAAGUGCGAAUGUCACGGCCACGCAGAGAGCUGCCACUUCUCCCAGCGAGUGUGGCUGUCCACAGGGGGCAGUAGUGGGGGUGUCUGCGACAACUGCCAACAUAACACUGUGGGCCGCCGUUGCCAGCGCUGUCGCCCUGGAUACCACCGCCACCCUGCCAGACCCCUCAACUCCCCGCAUGCUUGCACACGAUGCUGGUGUGACCCAUUUGGUUCGGUGCCAAUAUAUUUUGGCGAUGAGACACCAUGGUGCCAUCCUAGAAGUGGACAGUGCCACUGUAAACCUGGUGUGGGGGGCACCACCUGCAGCCACUGUCUACCAGGGUACUGGGGCUUUGGAGAGGAGGGCUGCAAACCUUGUGGGUGCCCCUUGACCUGUGACCCCAUCACUGGUCAUUGCCUAGACAGCAAAGGCAGUGUGAAGCUUUACAAUGUACCAAUUGGUGGGAAAAUUCCUGAACUGUCCCAGUUUAAACCUCAAGAGGACGAGAGGGCGUGGCCUAAAGAACUUGCCGUCUCUGCACUGUACUAUACAGGGAAGUGCAGCUGUAGAGAAAAGAAGCUGAAAAGUGUGGCUGAUCUUUGCAAGAUAAAAUAUGCAUAUGUGAUCAAAGCCAGUGUGCUGUCAGCUCAUGAUAAAGGCACACACGCUGUUGUCUUGGUGAAGGUGAGGAAGGUCUUCCGUUCUGGAAAACUGCCCCUCUCCCAGGGCACACACAGUCUGUACCCACUCUCUUGGACCAGCCGUGGCUGCACCUGUCCCAUCCUCAACCCAGGUGGGAACUAUCUGCUGGCAGGUCCUGAGGAAGUGGACUCAGGGAGGCUACUGGUCACCAUGCAGAGUCUGGUAGUCCCUUGGACCCCCAUCCUGGGCUUUCAAGUCACAGAAGCACUGCAUCAGGGCUGCCUAUGAGCACAACUUUACCCAAAUGUACAGUUGCACAACACCAUGGAAGUUUGUUUCCAACACAGAAUAAAAAAGGUAAUCGUGCCUUUAGCAUAUCUUACAAUUCUGACUUUUUUUCCAUCAGAAUUCCAACUUUAUAAUUUGCAAUUGUGAGUUUAUGAUCCUCAAUUUUAAGGAAAAAUGAAAUAAACUUGCAAUUGUGUUUUUCCUCUCAAUUCAGAGUUUGACACACAAUGACUUUCACAAUUGCAAGUUUAUUACAGUAUCUCAAAAAUCUGAGUUUAUCUUCCACAAUUCAGAGAAAAUUCAGAAUUGUGAGAUUUUAAGUUGCACAUUAAAGUCAGAAUUGGGGAAUAAAAAGUCACAAUUACUUUUUUUUUUCUUUCUGAUGGUAACAAUCUUCCAUACAUCACUGCCCAAACUUGAAAGCCCUCACUUGAAAUGAUGCCAUUAUACCAAAGCAGGCAGCUGGAUACUUAAUGUACCAUGACCACCGGAUGCAACUGAAAAUAGAAUGUGUGGGUAAUUACCAGAAACAAGAUUCAUGAACCAGUCGCAUGGAAAAGUGCACUUAAUAGUCAGUUAAAUAAAUAUUGGGCAAGGCUCUUUAAAAAAACUGUUCAUUUAGGUGUCUGUCAUGUGGACAUGAAUAUCAUAAGUGCAUAAACUCAGAACAUGGAUAUGGCAUUCAUGAGCCUGAUUGAACUGUUUUUGUACUUGUUUCUCUGUGAUUAUUAGAUUAUACUCAUUAAAGGAUACUCUAAACUCAAA